AUGCGAGACCCACACUGGUCUCAAGAAGCAGAUAGCUCUCCAAGUCUACGCCGCCAUCUCGGUCGCAUUGCGGCCCAGAUCAAGGCACUUGCAAACACAAAUAGCUGUGACCACUUCUGCGGCACUUACGAGGACCUGCAAUUCUGUUACCGGGCGAGCGCUAUCGGCCGCUACUGUGAUACUAAUCUCGAGGUGGAAACCAUUCAAGGCUCCCUUAAAAAGUUCUUGGAGGAUCCGGAAAUUCAGAUAUGUGAUACACAAUGUAUUCGCAUGAAUGACGGCGGUACUUGGAAUGGGUGGUUGAAACUGGGGCUCACGGAUAAUUGGGACAAGGAAUUGUACUGUGGUCCGGAAAUCCCCAAGGAAAAGUUCAAGCAGGCGAAAUGUUUCUCGGCUGUUAACAAGGGUCUUUGA